CCUGUGUGGUGUUUGUAGACUGGCGCGCGUGGUCGGCGUGACUCCCCUUCCUGCGGACUUGCUCCCGCGUUUCCGGGACAGAGGGCAGCUCCGAGUCUUGAUGGUGGGCUUUGGAGCGCCCGGGUAAUUUGAAAUCAAGUGCUUUUCAGGUCUAUUUGAACACAGGAUCCAAGAAUACUUGGAGAGAAAUCUGUCCUAGAGGAUCUCUACCAACCAUAAAAAUGAGUCCUGCAGAUCCACUUGAUGAUGAAAAUACAUUUAAAAUCUUAGUUGCUACAGAUAUUCAUCUUGGAUUUAUGGAGAAAGAUGCAGUGAGAGGACAUGAUACAUUUGUCACAUUUGACGAAAUAUUAAGACUUGCUCAGGAAAAUGAAGUGGAUUUCAUUUUGUUAGGUGGUGAUCUUUUUCAUGAAAAUAAGCCCUCAAGAAAAACAUUGCAUACCUGCCUUGAGUUACUAAGAAAAUAUUGUAUGGGUGAUCGUCCUGUGCAGUUUGAGAUAAUCAGUGAUCAGUCAGUCAACUUUGGUUUUAGUAAGUUUCCAUGGGUGAACUACCAAGAUGGCAAUCUCAACAUUUCAAUUCCAGUGUUUAGCAUUCAUGGGAAUCAUGAUGAUCCCACAGGGGCAGAUGCACUCUGUGCUUUGGAUAUUUUAAGUUGUGCUGGAUUUGUAAACCACUUUGGACGUUCAAUGUCUGUGGAGAAGAUAGACAUUAACCCAGUUUUACUUCAGAAAGGAAACACAAAAAUUGCUCUAUAUGGUUUAGGAUCCAUUCCAGAUGAAAGGCUCUAUCGAAUGUUUGUCAACAAAAAAGUGACAAUGCUGAGACCAAAAGAAGAUGAGAAUUCUUGGUUUAACUUAUUUGUGAUUCAUCAGAACAGGAGUAAACAUGGAAGUACUAACUUCAUUCCAGAACAGUUUUUGGAUGACUUCAUUGAUCUCAUCAUCUGGGGCCAUGAACACGAGUGCAAAAUAGCUCCAACCAAAAACGAGCAACAGCUGUUUUACAUAUCACAGCCUGGAAGCUCGGUGGUUACUUCUCUUUCUCCAGGAGAAGCUGUAAAGAAACAUGUUGGUUUGCUGCGUAUUAAAGGGAGGAAAAUGAAUAUGCAAAAGAUUCCUCUUCACACAGUGCGGCAAUUUUUUAUGGAGGAUAUUGUUCUUGCUAAUCAUCCUGACAUUUUUAGCCCAGAUAAUCCUAAAGUAACUCAAGCCAUACAAAGCUUCUGUUUGGAGAAGAUUGAAGAAAUGCUUGAAAGUGCUGAACGGGAACGGUUAGGAAUUUCUCAACAGCCAGAAAAGCCUCUUAUACGACUGCGAGUGGACUAUACUGGAGGAUUUGAACCUUUCAAUGUUCUUCGCUUUAGCCAGAAAUUUGUGGAUCGGGUAGCUAAUCCAAAAGAUAUUAUCCAUUUUUUCAGGCAUAGAGAACAAAAGGAAAAAACAGGAGAAGAGAUCAACUUUGGAAAAUUUAUCACAAAACCUUUAGAAGGAACAACACUUAGGGUAGAAGACCUUGUAAAACAGUAUUUUCAAACAGCAGAGAAGAAUGUUCAGCUCUCAUUACUAACAGAAAGAGGAAUGGGAGAGGCAGUACAAGAAUUUGUAGACAAAGAAGAAAAAGAUGCCAUUGAAGAGCUGGUGAAAUACCAAUUGGAAAAAACACAACGAUUUCUUAAAGAGCGUCAUAUUGAUGCAGUAGAGGAUAAAAUUGACGAAGAAGUACGUCGUUUCAGAGAAAGCAGACAAAAAAAUAGUAAUGAAGAGGAUGAUGAAGUUCGAGAGGCAAUGAAUAGAGCCCGAGCGCUUAGAUCUCAGUCAGAAGAUCUCGUUUCUGCCUUUUCUACUGAUGACCUCAUGAGUACAGAUUUAGCAGAACAGACGGCAAAUGACUCUGAUGACAGUAUCUCACCAGCAUCCAACAGAGGAAGAGGCCGAGGCAGAGGACGAAGAGGAGGCAGAGGGCAGAAUUCAGCGUCAAGAGGAGGGACUCAGAGAGGCAGAGGCACUGGUCUGGAUAUUUCUACUCAAAGCAGGAGUUCAAAGGCCACUGGACCAAAACUUAGGAAUAUGUCUAUUGUGGACGCUUUCAAAUCUACAAGACAGCAGCCCUCUCGAAAUGUUGCUACUAAAAGUUAUUCAGAGAUGAUUGAAGUGGAUGAAUCUGAUGAGGAAGAAGACGCGCUUCCUACCACAGCAGCAGAUCGGAGGUACUCAGGGGCUCAUCAUCCAGCAAGCGCAUGUCCCAGAGCCAGAUGACUAAAGGAGUCAAUUUUGAAUCAGAUGAGGUAAUAAAGAUGAUGAUGAUGAUCCUUUUAUGAAUAUCAGUUCAUUAAGAAGAAACAGAAGAUGAUAUAUUGAAUGAAAGUCAGACAUUUUCAAGAUACAGAAAAAAGUAAAACAUUGCAAGAUGAGUUUACAGUUGGAGAUGUUUUAAAUAUUGCUGUUUACUUGAAGAAUUUGCAAAAGAGUAAGCAGAGAACCUAAUGUAGAAGAGUUUAUAUUUUCAAAUACAAUUUCCUGAACAUGAUUCCAUUACUUACGUAUUUCCUAGUUUAAGGACAUAAAACCAAUAUUGGCUCUCCUUUAUUUUAUUUUACUGUCU